CAAGAUUCUAGUUUAAGACUGCGAAACCUCGUUGGAAACCAUAAAACACAGUAAAGUCCAGUAAAGGCUAUCUCAGUGGCAUGUCAGGCCUGUUUUGUGCAGUGACAUCUUGCUGAAGACCUAGUUGGUUCGUUUUACUGACAGUAAGCCUGUUCUGAAUGAUAAACGUGUCAUCUUUCAACCAGCAUGGCCGAUGUCUCGGUAAAGAAACAGUCGGUGAUUUUUCUGUAUUGGACGAUCUUGCUUAUAUAUGUGUCAUUUGGACUUUCUUGUGGAAUGCUACUCAAUUAUGAAAAGAGAGAUGCCGAUUUCGUCAAACAGCAGUGGGAAUACAUUCGCCUUCCAGAGACUAUAAGACCCAUCUCAUACGAUCUCAUGGUCAGAACUGAUCUCACUUACUCCCAUUUCACCGGUUCUGUUGGUGUCUUGGUGGAAUGCCUAGAAGCCACCGACCUCAUACUGAUUCACAGUAAGGACUUAGUCAUCACAGAAGGGAAGACAACCUUAACGCGGCAGGGUAACGGGGCUGAUGCCCCCAAAUUGGCUAAAGAUACCUGGCUGUAUGCCAUCAACCAGUUCGCUGUAAUCGAGCUGAACGGCAAGCUGGAGAAAGGAGCACGAUACAGGCUGUACCUGGAGUUUGAGGGACCGUUGAAGAAUGAUCUACUGGGUUAUUACAAGAUGUCGUACAAGACAGCCUCCAGAGAAGAAAAAUACUUGGCAAGUACGUUCUUCGAUCCUGUUGAUGCCCGUAAGGCCUUUCCAUGUUUUGACGAGCCAAAUCUCAAAGCUACAUUCAGCAUCACCUUGGAACAUCAGCCUCAGUACCACGCCCUCUCCAACAUGCCCAAAAGUCGUCCAGAUGAAAUCCUUGAAGAUGGCUGGAUCCGAGCAACGUUUGAGGAAACUGUCGUUAUGCCAACAUACAUUGUGUGCUACGCUAUCAGCGAGUUCAGGGCCAAGUUUAAAUACACGUCUAACGGCGUGCGGUUUGGCGUAUGGGCCCGUGAAGAUGUCAUCGAUCAAGUUGACUAUGCGCUCGACAAGGGGGUAGCCAUAUUGGAACACUUUGAUCUGUUGUAUGGACAAGAGAAUAAAUACUCCUUGCCUAAACUGGAUAUGAUAGCCCUGCCAGACUUCAUGAUAUCUGCCAUGGAGAACUGGGGCCUGAACACGUACAAGGAGAAAACUGUUUUAUACAAGGAGGGAGAAACAUCAGAAAAACAGAAACAACGGAUUUUGACCCUUAUCUCGCAUGAGUUAGCUCAUCAGUGGUUUGGAAAUUUGGUGACAACAAAAUGGUGGAACUCCAUUUGGUUGAAUGAAGGCUUUGCAAGCUAUAUUGAGUACAUUGGAGCCAAUGCUGUUGAACCAGACUGGCAAAUGUGGGACAAGUUUAUCUUGUAUGACCUUCAUCCUGCCAUGGCAACAGAUGAAUUGGUUACUUCUAGGCCAAUAAUCACUGAUGCCCUAACACCCUCAGAGAACAUCAUGAUGUUUGAUAAAAUCACAUACCUGAAGGGUUCCUGUAUUCUGCGUUUGAUGAACCAUUUCUUAGGAGAGCCGACAUUUACAAAGGGACUUCAGUACUACCUGAGCGCUUUGCAGUAUAGUAAUGCAGGAAACAGUGACCUGUGGUUUUAUCUGGACAAGGCAGUGAAGGAAGACAACAUAGAUCUUGGUGAAGAGCUAAAUGUAGCAACCAUUAUGGACACCUGGACACUUCAGAUGGGCUUUCCGUUCAUCAAAGUUGAGAGAACAUACAAUGGUGCCCGCCAAAUCACAGCUAGAGUAGAGCAGCAACGUUUCCUAUCGGAUCCCGAUUCAGACCCAUCAACAGACCACCCAGAUUUGGGUUACAAGUGGUAUGUACCAGUGACGUACACCACUGCAAGCAGCCCAGACUUUGAUUCACCGAGAAGCAUGUGGCUGAAACCACAAGAUGAGUUUGGUACCUUGCAGCUUUCAGGUGGCAGUGAUGAUGACUGGUUGUUGGUGAACAUCAACCAGAGAGGAAUGUAUCGUGUCAACUAUGAUGACAAGAACUGGCAGUUGAUUAAGAUGCAGCUAAAGACCCAUCACUUGAUGAUUCCAAGUGCCAGCCGAGCUGCUCUCAUUAGUGAUGUCUUUAGCCUUGCAAGGGCCGGAGAGGUCAGCCACCCUACUGCUUUAGAUAUGACCAGCUACUUGAAAGGAGAAAGAGACUAUGUGCCCUGGUAUGCUGUGGAUCAUGCUGUAGCAUUCAUCAAGAGAAAUAUCAGAAGGAGAGGAGCCUACAACAACUUUAAGAAAUACAUGCUAAAUCACAUAACUCCGAUGUACGAGUAUACUGGAUGGAACGAUGAAGGGGACCAUCUGAAAAGGUUGAGCCGUGGACUUGCCAUCAGUAUGGCAUGUGGCUAUGGAAAUCUUGAUUGUCAACAGACAUCAGUGAACCUGUAUGCGGAAUGGAUGGCCAACAAGGACCACAGCUUUAUUCAUCCAGAUGUACAAGCCACAGUGUUCUGUACAGCCAUUGCACAAGGAGGCAAAGAUGAGUGGUUCUUUGCUUUUGAACAUUACCAGAACCCCAAUACUAGUACCUCCAUGAAGUCAACACUGCAGACAGCUCUGGCAUGCAGCGAUAAACCAUGGAUUCUUAGAACUUAUCUGGAUAGCAUCUUGAACAGCAGCAUCAUUAGAAUACAAGAUGGAGCAGCUGUGUUACAAGCAGUUGCUGGAAAUCCUGUGGGUUUGCCUCUGGCUUGGGACUUCUUCCAAGCAAACUGGGACUUCUUGAGAGCUUCGUAUGGUGACACAGUGUUUGUGCUUGAUUCACUGAUUAGCAAACUUACAUUUGGCUUCAACACUGAAUUUGAACUGCAAAUGGUGAAGCAGUUUAUUGCAGACCACUUAGACUUAGGUUCUGGUGCACGUGUGUUUACUGAAGCCGUAGCUGUUAUUGAGUCAAAUAUAAGAUGGAUUGAUCAAUACUACAAAGAGGUAGCAGGUUGGCUAAAGGAAGCUGUCAUGGACCCCUGGGAGAGGAUUCGCCUUCCAGAUGCCGUCUUGCCCAUCUCAUAUGACCUCAAGGUCCGAACAGACCUGACCAAUUUUGUCUUCAAUGGCUCUGUAAACAUCUUAAUGGAAUGCUCUGAAAUGACCGAUGUCAUUCUUAUACAUAGUCGAGACUUAACUAUCCUAACUGAUACAACUACCCUCAAACGUGAGGAUGGUGAAACAGCUCCAGGAUUCAAGAUUCCUCCGUGGCUGUAUCAGUACCAAGAUUUCCUUGUGAUUGAGCUGGAUUCACUCCUUGAAGUUGGAAUCAAAUACCGGCUACACGUUGAGUUUAAUGGCACCCUGGCAGAUGACUGGAGUGGUUAUUACUGGGAUAGCUAUACCUUGAAAUCAAAUGAGACAAGGUACAAAUACUUGGCAAGUACAUUCUUAACACAUACCAGUGCCCGCAAGGCUUUUCCAUGUUUUGAUGAGCCUGACAUGAAAGCCACCUUUAACAUAACCUUGGAGUAUGAGCCCCAGUACCAUGCCUUAGCCAACAUGCCUAUGAAAGGAUCACCAGAGACACUUGAUGGUGGAUGGAUGCGAGCAACUUUUGAAGAGAGUGUCAUCAUGUCAACAUAUCUUGUCUGCUACAUAGUUAGUGAUUUCAAAGCCAAGUUUAUGACCACACAAAAUGGUGUUGAGCUUGGUGUUUGGGCUCCAGAGGAUUCAAUCAACGAAACUGACUAUGCUCUUCAGAAAGGAGUGGAAAUUCUGGACUACUUUGAUAACUUAUUUGGAUUAGAUAACAAAUACCCUUUGCCUAAAUUGGAUAUGAUUGCCCUACCUGAAUUGAAUGUUGGUGCCAUGGAGAAUUGGGGUUUGAUUACUUAUCAUGAGGAAUAUCUCUUGUAUGAGGAGGGAGUGUCAUCAGCAAAACAGAAGGAGAGAGUCUGUACAUUUGUCUCUCAUGAGAUAGCUCAUCAAUGGUUUGGUAACCUGGUGACAGUUAAAUGGUGGGAUGAUAUAUGGUUGAGUGAGGGAUUCACCAGUUGGUUGGAGUUUGUAGGAGCUGCUUACGUAGAACCAGACUGGAAACUGUGGGACAAGUUUGUGGCAUAUGAUAGUGGAAGAGCAAUGGAAAUAGAUGCAAAGACUACAUCACGGCCAGUUAUCAGCAAAGUACAUCAAGAAGACGACUUAAUUAAUGUUUUUCACUUCAUCGCCUAUAUGAAGGGUUCUUCUUUAGUACGUAUGGCAAACCACUUUGUGGGUCAAGACACAUUCUUGAAAGGUCUGAAGGCAUAUCUAAGGGAAUUGCAGUACAGAAAUGCAGAGAACAGUGACAUGUGGUAUCACAUGAACGAGGCAAUAAUGGAGGACAGAGUUGAUCUUGGAGAUGGCAUAACUGACAUAGCCACUGUCAUGGACACAUGGACCAAUCAGAUGGGCUUCCCAGUUGUCACGAUCACAAGAACUUACUCUGGCGAAGCUAACAAGAUCACUGCCUCAGCUACACAGAAGAGAUUCCUGACAGACCCGUCUUCUGACACGACAUCGCUGUACCCAGACCUUGGAUACACAUGGCAUGUACCCUUGACUUACACAUCUGGAGGUAAUCCUAACUUUGUCAACCCUGAGAUUCAGUGGAUGAGACCAGAGGAUCAGAUCACUGAACUUGUAUUGGACAGUGUUGGUGGGAAUGAGACCUGGCUUUUGGUCAACAUUAAUCAGACGGGUUUCUACAUUGUCAAUUAUGAUGAGAGAAACUGGGCUUUACUUAGCGCUCAGCUGCAGACAGAUCACACAGCGAUUUCAGUACCGACUCGCUCAGCCCUCAUCUAUGAUGCCUUCAAUUUAGCAAGGGUAGGAGAACUCAGCCAGACUAUAGCACUGGAUCUGACAUCUUACUUGGACAAGGAACAAGACUUUGCUCCCUGGUUCCUAGUCAAACAAAGCUUGGAUUAUGUCAGUGAGAAUUUAGCUUUGGAGAAUGCCAAUGAGAACUUCAUGGAGUACGUGAGAAAUAAAGUCACCCCUGCAUAUGAAUACAUUGGCUGGGAUGAUAAAGGUGGUUAUGAUGCAAAGUUGGCUCGUGUUGAAAUUAUUGGUGUUGCUUGUAAGUUUGGCAAUCAAGACUGUGUUAGCAGAGCUUCUAGGCUAUACGCUGAUUGGAUGAUGACUAACAAAACAAACACAAUGAUUGAUUCCAGACUUCAAGAAAUAAUAUUCUGUACAGCCAUAGCUGCAGGGGGGCAGCGGGAAUGGGAUGCGGCCUAUACAGCUUAUACUGACCCUGAUGUGGAAUCUUCACUCUGGAAUGUUCUAGAAAAUGCCCUGGGAUGCAGCCAAAGUGAAACUGUUUUGGAAACGUAUCUGCAUAAAGUCUUAAAUACUUCAUUGAUGUCACCGUAUGAUGGGCAAUACGUUAUCUCAGCAGUUUCUGGUAACCCAUUGGGAAGGACAAUGGCAUGGGAACUUGUUGCUGCAAAAUGGGAUUUCUUCAAGACUGUUUAUGGACUACAGGUGGUCCGGAUGGUGACUUCAGACUUGAACACUCGGGCUGAACUUGAAAAGGUGAAGAAAUUCCAGAUGGAACAUUAUGCAGAAGGGAGGGAUGUAUUUGAUGCCUUCAACAAGGCCAUCUCUGUGAUCAAGAACAACAUCAGAUGGAUGGAUCAAAACUAUAAUAAGGUAGCAAAAUGGCUGGAAAAAACUUUGUAUUAAGGGUGCAGUGCUCAGUUAGCCUGUCAGUUUCUUUGACAAAACAAAGGCAAGAAUAAGUUUUAUAAAAGGAGGUAGCAUAUUCUUUUAAAAUUAGGAUAUUCUGUAAUUUAAAUUUCAGGAAAAUGUAGUGAAAUUUAAUGGACUUCAAAGGUGCAUUCGAAAAUUGUCAACUUACAAAAAAAUUGUAUAAGAUUUCAGAUUUUAGAUAAACCUUAUAGAAGAAAAAAUGCCAAGAUUUGUUUCUCAAAAAGCCCCCUAGCCUCAGCAGAAUUUCACCUUGAGUAAGGUUAGUGGUGUUGCAAUCACUGCUCAAGCACACCUAAAGUAUAAGAGUGUUAAUGUUGAUUACUUUUUAAUUUCAAUGAAUGCUGUGUUAUUGUCUUGGUUGGUUUUAGUUGUUUUAUUUUGUUUCCGUCAUUUACACAAACUUUUUCUCUAAUGUAAUUUAGUAUUAGAAAUGUGAGUUGAAGUCGAUACGAUGUUUUUAUAAUCUUUUUGGGGGUUUCAAGCCUUGAAUCCAAACUGCGUGUUUGACAGUACCCUCGAAAUUCAUCAAUCUGUAAAAUACAGAAUCAAAGUUCUGUAAAAUUCAUCAAAAUAGAAAUUGAAAAUACAUGUAUAGUCAUAGAGGUUUGGGUUAUUUCAAAUGAAGUAAAUCAGAUUUCGAUUUUAGUUCCCCCUUCUAUAGACGGAAAUAGUUUAAUGACCAAGAGGCUCAUCAUUGGAGCUGCCUUUCAUUGAAUAUUUUAUUUCCUUGCUAUAUAUCAACUUAUUACCUUUAUCAUGAUUUGAGUUUAUGUACGUUUUAUUUUCAACUCGCUAAUAUUUUUAUUUUGUUGAUCUUAUGCCUAUCUGUCGUUUAUUAUUUCAUGUCAGUUUUACACACUGUUUAUUCUACUUUAUUCGUUUUCAUGUUUUAAAUAUUUGUCUCUGGCAUUUGUCUGCCCUUACACAAAACGGUUAUUUUCCUUUUAUGCUUACACCUUUAAAUCCUUAUGCUUUUCCACGUUUGUGUUUUUGCUUUUUGUAUUACAUUAUUCUAACUGUUUGUAUUUGUGUGCCUGGAAAUAAAUAAUACAUGAUAAAGUUUACAUGAUGAAAAUAA